AUGCAAAAUGUAGAGAUAAUGGUCGUGGAAACCAAAAGUGCCAAUGUCACGCCGGAUAUUCUGUGUGAAUGUUUGGACGGUUGGACCAGUGACGUUCACUGUGAAAUAAAAGAUCCAGCUAUAACUGACCGGAAAUGCAUGCCGGGAUGGAUUGGCGAAUGGUGUCAGGAUCAAUGCUUAAACGACUCAAUGUGCCGACCAACUCAAAUAUGCAAAAAGCGCGGGAGAGGACUACAUUGUCUCUGCCGACCUGGAUGGCUUGAUCGCAACUGCACUAUAGACAAAGACGAAUGUACGAACAAUCCAUGCCCAGUAACUGCCACCUGUAAAAACACACCUGGUUCUUACGAAUGUCCUUGUAAAUUUGGAUGGAAGGGAGAUAACUGCGACAAGGACAUUGACGAGUGUCUAGAUAAUCCGUGUCAACAUUCAUCAAUAUGCUCCAAUGAGCAAGGCGGUUACAAAUGUACAUGCUCCAGUGGAUGGAAGGGCGAUGACUGCAAAGAAGAUAUUGAUGAAUGUAGUUCCGAUCCAUGUAAAAACAAAGCAAAAUGUAUCAAUGCGCCAGGUUCAUAUGAAUGUAAAUGUGAAUCGGGUUGGAAAGGUGCCGAUUGUUCCGUCGACAUAAAUGAAUGCUUGGUAAACCCGUGUAAACAUUCUGGAUCUUGCGUAAACACCGACGGUUCAUACCAAUGCACAUGUACUCAAGGUUGGGAAGGGACAAACUGUUCAAUAGAUAUUGAUGAAUGUCUAACCGCACCAUGUCUACACUCGGGAACUUGCAUAAAUACUGACGGUUCAUACCAAUGCACAUGUACUCAAGGUUGGGAAGGGACAAACUGUUCAACUGAUAUUGAUGAAUGUCAAAACACACCAUGUUUACAUUCGGGAACUUGCAUAAACACGGACGGUUCAUACCAAUGCACAUGUACUCAAGGUUGGGAAGGGACAAACUGUUCAAUAGAUAUUGAUGAAUGUCAAAACACACCAUGUCUACAUUCGGGAACUUGCAUAAACACGGACGGGUCAUACCAAUGCACAUGUACUCAAGGUUGGGAAGGGACAAACUGUUCAAUAGAUAUUGAUGAAUGUCAAAACACACCAUGUCUACAUUCGGGAACAUGUUUAAACACCGACGGCUUGGAAGGGACAAACUGUUCAAUUGAUAUUGAUGAAUGUCAAAACACACACUGUUUACAUUCGGGAACUUGCAUAAACACUGACGGUUCAUACCAAUGCACAUGUAUUCAAGCUUGGGAAGGGACAAACUGUUCAAUUGAUAUUGAUGAAUGUCAAAACACACCAUGUCUACAUUCGGGAACUUGCAUAAACACGGACGGGUCAUACCAAUGCACAUGUACUCAAGGUUGGGAAGGGACAAACUGUUCAAUUGAUAUUGAUGAAUGUCAAAACACACCAUGUCUACAUUCGGGAACUUGCAUAAACACCGACGGUUCAUACCAAUGCACAUGUACUCAAGGUUGGGAAGGGACAAACUGUUCAAUAGAUAUUGAUGAAUGUCAAAACACACCAUGUUUACAUUCGGGAACUUGCAUAAACACUGACGGUUCAUACCAAUGCACCUGUACUCAAGGUUGGGAAGGGACAAACUGUUCAAUUGAUAUUGAUGAAUGUCAAAACACACCAUGUUUACAUUCGGGGACUUGCAUAAACACUGACGGUUCAUACAAAUGCACAUGUACUCAAGGUUGGGAAGGGACAAACUGUUCAAUAGAUAUUGAUGAAUGUCAAAACUCACCAUGUUUACAUUCGGGAACUUGCAUAAACACUGACGGGUCAUACAAAUGCACAUGUACUCAAGGGUGGGAAGGGGCAAACUGUUCAAAUGAUAUUGAUGAAUGUCUGUUAAACCCAUGUAUGCAUAAUGGAACUUGCAUUAACAAUGCAGGCUCAUACAAAUGUAAUUGUGGUCAGGGUUGGAACGGAUUUAAUUGCAUGAAUGAUGUUGACGAAUGUAGAAUUAAUCCUUGCAUGCAUUCUGGAACAUGUACAAACAGGAAAGGGGGAUAUUUAUGUUCCUGUAAACCAGGCUGGGAAGACACCAACUGUGAAACUGAUAUUAAUGAAUGUCUCAAUAAUCCAUGUUUGAAUUCUGGAUCCUGUAACAAUACAGCAGGUUCAUAUACGUGCUCAUGUCUAACUGGCUGGGAAGGCAAAACUUGUGGGAGCGAUACCAACGAAUGUCAGAACAAUCCGUGUUUAAAUGCCGGUAACUGUACCAAUAACGCGGGUUCGUAUUCCUGCACCUGUCCAUCAGGUUGGGAAGGUGCCAUCUGUGAAAAUGAUAUUAACGAAUGUCUUAGUGACCCCUGUUUGAAUUCAGGUACAUGUAAAAAUAAAGUAGGUUCAUAUACAUGUUCAUGUGCGGUAGGUUGGGAAGGUGCGAACUGCGGACAGGAUAUCAAUGAAUGCAUAAAUAAUCCAUGCUUGAAUUCUGGCUCAUGUGUCAAUAAUGCAGGUUCAUAUACGUGUACGUGUGCUUCAGCUUGGAAAGGUGAAAACUGCGGAAACGAUGUCAAUGAAUGUCAGCACAAUCCAUGCUUAAAUUCCGGUACCUGUAUCAACAACGCAGGUUCAUUUACAUGCGCUUGUCCAAAGGGUUGGGACGGUGCUUUCUGUGAAAAUGACACGAACGAAUGUCUUAAUAACCCUUGUUUGAAUUCAGGUACAUGUACCAACAAUGUAGGUUCAUAUACAUGCUCGUGUGCUUCAGGGUGGGAAGGUGUAAACUGCGCAAAGGAUGUAAAUGAAUGUCAAAACAAUCCAUGCUUAAACUCAGGCUUGUGUACAAACAACGCAGGUUCAUAUUCAUGCAGAUGUCAACCGGGAUGGGAAGGUACUUCAUGUGGUAAUGAUAUAAAUGAAUGUCUAAAUAAUCCAUGUUUGAAUUCGGGUUCAUGUUCAAACGGCGCGGGUUCAUUUACAUGUGUUUGUCCACCAGGUUGGGAAGGUGCUAUCUGUGAAAAUGACACGAACGAAUGUCUUACUAGCCCCUGUUUAAAUUCAGGUACAUGUAAAAAUAAAGUAGGUUCAUAUACAUGUUCAUGUAGAUCAGGAUGGAAAGGGACAAACUGCGAAAAUGACAUAAACGAAUGUCUAAAUGAUCCAUGUUUGAACUCUGGUUCGUGUACUAACAACGCAGGUUCGUUUACAUGCACCUGUACACCGGGUUGGGAAGGUGCUAUCUGUAAAAUUGAUAUUAACGAAUGUCUUACUGAUCCAUGUCCUAAAUCAAGUACAUGUAAAAACACCAACGGUUCCUUUGACUGUAAAUGUUUCGCAGGUCUCCAGGGUGUUACAUGUACGGACGACGUCAAUGAGUGCAACAGCUCUCCUUGUUUGAACUUCGGACAAUGUCUUAAUAGCUAUGGAUCUUACAGUUGCAAAUGUGCCGCGGGUUGGGAAGGUAAAAACUGCUCUGGUGAUGUAGAUGAAUGUAAUAAAGAUGAUGUAUGCAAGUAUUCUGUGACGUGUAAGAAUACAAUAGGUUCAUAUGCAUGCGCGUGUACUUCCGGUUGGCAGGGAGAUAACUGUGACCUGGAUAUUGACGAAUGUGAGAAGACACCUUGCAAUACAACUUCAACAUGUGAAAAUAGUCCAGGGUCAUUUACCUGUAUUGAAAGUGCUUUAUCCAGAG